ACCUUGGCUAAAAAAGCCAAGCCAAAUCUUUAAUACCAUAUAUAUGUAUAUAUAUAUAUGUGUGUAUAGCUCACAUUCAAACCAUCACAAAAGUCUUUAAGAGAAAAACAAUGAGCAAACUUUGCGUAUUGACGUUGGUUUUGGUGGUGGUGGCCAUUGGUGGAGCAAUGGCUGAGCAAUGCGGACGCCAAGCGGGCGGUGCUAAAUGCCCGAACGGGCUGUGCUGCAGCCAAUAUGGGUGGUGUGGCAACACCAACGAUUACUGCUCGCUUCAAUCUGGCUGCCAGAGCAAUUGUCAGGGGAGCUCAACACCAACAACACCUGAACCAACCCCAGGAGAAACUGUUGUAAGAGCCACGUACCAUUUGUACGAUCCACAACAGAACAACUGGGACUUGAGGGCUGUUAGUGCUUAUUGCUCUACUUGGGAUGCCGAUAAGCCUUACUCAUGGCGCAGCAAAUAUGGCUGGACUGCCUUCUGUGGACCAUCCGGACCUAAGGGCCGUGACUCUUGUGGAAAGUGUUUGAGGCUUAGGAAUACAAGAACUGGGGCAACCAUAACAGCAAGGAUUGUGGAUCAGUGCAGCAAUGGGGGCUUAGAUUUGGACUUUAACACUAUAUUUAAGCCAUUGGACACCGAUGGAGUAGGAUAUCAGCAGGGUUCUCUCCAAGUGGGCUACACAUUUGUCAAUUAAUUGUGGUGAUUAGUGAUGAUGAGAUUCAGCACCCUAGCACCAUUCCCGAAGAUAAAUCUCAUGGGGUGUAAUAACAAUAUAUACCAGAAAGACUCUGCAUAUAUAUUUAUAUAUAUAUAUAUAUAUAUAUUAAACUGAUAUGGCUUAGUUAAGCUUAAGCUUAACAUUAAGAGACUUAAUAAAAUUUUUGGGAAGUUUGUUUCAAAGGGUAUACCCACACCACUUGCGAACUGUUCUUCUUGAGAACAUAAUAAAUUUGUACCAUGUUGUAUGCUUU